GCUCAGCGUGCAUUGACGACAAACAGGGACAACAAGCCAGCCAGCCAGCCAGCCAGCCAGACAGCCAGCAAAAGCCCAGCAAAGCCGCCGCCAUGGUCUACGUUCGCCAGGAGCAGCUGCCGGCGCUCCGGCAGUACAAGUACUCGGGCGUCGACCACUCUCUCAUCUCCAAAUACGUGCUCAAGCCCUUCUACACCAACGUGGUCAUCAAGCUGUUCCCCAUGUCCAUGGCCCCGAACCUCAUCACCCUGACCGGCUUCACCUUUGUCGUGGCAAACUUCCUCACCCUGCUGUGGUACAACCCCACCCUCGACCAGGACUGCCCGCCCUGGGUCUACUACAGCUGGGCCGUCGGCCUGUUCCUGUACCAGACCUUUGACGCUGUCGACGGCAGCCAGGCACGUCGUACCCACCAGAGCGGUCCCCUCGGCGAGCUCUUUGACCAUGGCGUCGAUGCCCUCAACACGUCCCUCGAGGUCCUGCUCUUUGCCGGUUCGCAGAACAUGGGCCAGAGCUGGUACACGGUCGCGAUGCUGUUCUCCUCCCUCCUGACCUUCUACGUCCAGACGUGGGACGAGUAUCACACCAAGACGCUGACGCUCGGCAUCGUCAACGGGCCCGUCGAGGGCGUGCUCAUCAUCGUGUGCGUCUACGCGCUGACGGGCUACAUGGGCGGCGCCUCGUUCUGGCAGCGGUCCAUGCUGGCGACGCUCGGCGUGCCCCGGUUCGAAUUCAUGGCCGACUCUGUCUACGACUUCUCCUUCACGCAGUGGUACAUGGUUCAGGGCACCGUCGUGCUCGUCUACAACACGGUCGAGUCGGCGCGCAACGUCAUCAAGGCGCGGCGGGCGCAGGGCGACCGCAGCCGCUACGCCCUCGUCGGGCUCCUGCCCUUCUUCGGCACGUGGGCCACCAUCCUGGCGUACCUGUACCUGCAGCCCAACAUCCUGCACGGCCACCUGGUGCCGUUUGUCAUGUUUGCCGGCAUCGUCAACGCCUACAGCGUGGGGCAGAUGAUAACGGCGCACCUGGUGCAGCUGCGCUUCCCCUACACCAACGUGCUGACGCUGCCGCUGGCGUGGGGCGUCGUCGACAGCCUGGGCCCCUGGCUGCUGUCGACGUUUGGCUUCGGCUGGCCCUCGGCCCUCGGCGACGGCGUCUACCAGGUCGCCUUUAUGUUCUGCCUGCUGGGCAUGGCCAUUGGCGUCUACGGCAGCUUCGUCGUCGACGUCAUUGUCACCAUCUGCGACUACCUCGACAUCUGGUGCCUGACCAUCAAGCACCCGUACGUCGAGGGCCAGGAGCACAAGGGAAACGGAAACGCCAAGAAGACAAACUAA